CAAAAAGGAAACAGCUGAAAGGCGACCAGCGAGCAGACGAGACGGCGUAGACGUCCGUUUCGCUCUUUCUCUGGAACAAUUUACACUUUAUUCGAACGGUAUUUGAUCCGAACUCGUCUGGACGCGUCGCCACAACUGACGUUGAAAAAUGUUGCGCUCUCUCGCAUCUCAAGCAAAACCUGCGCAGCAGCUGCUUGGUGCCCAAAAGGCACAGGCUUUUCUUCAGAAUGGCAUCCUUGGUGUAGUUCCCCAGCGAGUACAGUCAUCAUCUGCCCAGCCAGAAACUGCUGUUGUCAAGAGGAAGCAAUAUUCUCCUUUUGGAACUGACCAAAAAACAUGGGGUGAAUAUGCAGUUGCCCGUUUAGAUGACUUACUGAAUUGGGGUCGUAAGACAUCUCUCUGGCCCCUUACUUUUGGACUUGCUUGCUGUGCCGUUGAAAUGAUGCACAUUGCUGCUCCCCGAUAUGACAUGGAUCGAUAUGGUGUUGUCUUCCGUGCCUCUCCUCGGCAAGCUGAUGUUAUUAUUGUAGCAGGCACCUUAACCAACAAAAUGGCACCUGCCUUGAGGAGAGUUUAUGAUCAGAUGCCUGAGCCCCGUUGGGUAAUUUCAAUGGGAAGCUGUGCUAAUGGAGGUGGCUAUUAUCAUUAUUCUUAUUCCGUUGUUAGAGGCUGUGAUCGUAUCAUCCCUGUGGAUAUUUAUGUUCCUGGAUGCCCACCAACUGCUGAGGCUUUGAUGUAUGGAAUCCUCCAGCUGCAGCGCAAAGUGAAACGUAUGACAACUGUACAGUCAUGGUAUCGUAAAUAGAAAAAUCAAUCUAUCCAGCUAUGAACUAAUUUCUGUAGUAUCUUUUAUCUACCGCCUCAAAUUAUUUUAUGGAAGCACUAAAAGUUGUUUUGCCUUAAGUUUUAAUCUUGAUCUGUUAAAUCUCAAAGCUGAAAUGUAAAUGAAUAUUUUGUCUGGUAACAGCGGUUCUGUAAAUAGUAAUGAAGUCAUUUGCAUGACAUGAAAGGAAAUAUCGAUGACUGUACAUAAAUUUUGGGUAAUGUAAUAAAUCAUUCUAUGAUACAA